GGGCACAACACCGGAUUUGGACAUUUGAAGACUGACACGUCAUUCAUUCAUUCAUUCAUCCAGUGAGAUCGAGGCAGGAGCACAGCCAACCUCAGAUUUGAUUAAUUAAUCCACGGACUCCGUGUUCUGUGCACCAUGUCUGUGUACAGCCCACUCUCUGCCUCGCUGUGGACUUCUAUUCUGUGCUCGGCUUUCAGCGUGUGGACUCUGGUUGGAGGUGAGGUUCUGGUGAUUGGUUCAAAUCUUCCAAUCAUCGCUGCUCCGGGUGAUGAUGUCAUCCUGCCGUGUCACCUGGAGCCCAUGUUCGAUGUCCAGGGUCUGACGGUGGAGUGGUCCAAACCCGACCUGAAGCCCGACCCGUCGGACCGGCUGAGCCGAGUGGAGUACGUUCACCUGUACAGGGACAGGAAGGAGGUCCCCGACAUGAAGAUGGCCUCGUACUUCAGGAGGACGGAGCUGUUCAUGGACGCCAUGAAACACGGGAACAUUUCACUGAAGAUCCUGAACGUGUCGGAGGAAGACAACGGCAGAUACAGAUGCUUCAUCCCCAAGCUGCAGAGCAGAGUCAAGUCUGCAAUCGUUGAACUUGUAGUUGAUCCAAACCACAUUAAAACCUCUCUGGCAGAGACGUCGCUCCAAACGCAAGAUCCUCAGGACAAAACUCUAAGAAACGGGUCUCUGUGGUCGUCAUUGUCAUCGCCUUCAUGUCCGUUGUGGCUGACGCUGCUUUCUUUGCAUAAUUCUAUUAGUGCAUUUUUUAGACAUUAAAAGUAAGAAACAAAAAAACACAAAUAAUGUUGAUUCUUGCCAUCACACUUAAUUGGAUUUAAAAAAAAAUCUUUUCAGCUUUUUUAAAAAAAAUCAGAAACAGCCAGAGGCAAAUGAGAAAAACACUUUUUAUUUUUACUGGAUCUUCAGCCAGGUUGGAUUCAAACCAACAGCCACCGGGAGACACUCAAGCCCAGCAGCACCAAGAUCAUCUUCUAUAACAGGAAGUGAGCCUAAUUUGAACUUUGACCACGUCCAGUUUAUUUAUCGAGCUCAUUUUCACACAAAGAAAGUGUCAUACAAGAAAACCCAGAGUGGAAGAUCAGAGGAUGUAAACAGGAAAUAUUUCUUACAGAAGUCUUCAGUCAGAGUGGCUGCUGUCAGACUCUGGAGGAUCUGCUUGGAAACAUCAAGCAGUGAAACUGAUGGAUUUCCUCCUUCAGUACAAAACUGUGAAGUCUGGAGAAGAAAAAACUCCUCUGCCUCACUGUCAGCGUGUUUAAUGAAUAUUUAUUUAGUCUCACUGUGUGAACUUAAAUCUUCAGUGAGACCUUAAAGUGUCUCCGAUGGACAAAUUAAAGGGUUAAAAUCCCCCCCCCAUUGCUAACUAGACUGAAACAAAUCAUCCCCAAACACCAAGACUGUUUUGUGUUUAAAUAUUUGCAGUUUUUUUGCAGCAUCCGUUACAGAUCAAAGCAUUAAAGGAAAUUUAAAGGUU